AUGCAGAACAUCCUGGCUAGCGUCGCCCGAAGACGUGUUGCAACAGCGCUCGCGCCGCGGCCUCGCCAUCUAUCUGUCUCAGCAUGCAGACGGUCUGCAGAAUCUGGCGGCUCAGCACCCAAGCCGCCGCCUCCCAUCGACGACUCGACCUCCGCGCUGGAUUAUAAGCGGCGGACGACGCUGCAGCAUAGACCGCCGCCUCUGCCUGCCAUGGACGUCCGCUCGAGGUCUGCGGAGGAGGCAGUAACUAACAUCCUCUACAACACACCCCCGCCUAGCUUGCAGCCUUUCAAAAAGCACGUAUUGAAUUGUCUGGUGCAGAACGAGCCCGGAGUACUAUCGCGCGUGUCAGGCAUUCUCGCUGGGCGAGGCUUCAACAUCGACUCCCUAGUCGUCUGCCGUACCGAGAUCCGGGACCUGAGUCGCAUGUGUAUCGUGCUGCGUGGUCAGGAUGGUGUUAUUGAACAGGCAAGGAGACAGCUGGAAGACUUGGUACCGGUAUGGGCUGUGCUGGACUACACAGACACUCACUGCAUCGAGCGCGAGUUGCUCCUCGUCAAAGUGUCCAUCCUGGGGCCCGAGUACGUCGAAGAGCAGCUCCAAGGCGGGCCCACGCACGACCCGCGGCAUCGCCAUUUCACCCCACACACCGAAGCCGCGUACGGGACCUCCUCCGACACGAAGCUCGAGCGCGAGAUGGCGCUCGCGCAGAGCUUCGAGCGCGGCGCACACCCGGACGCGGACGCCCACGCACCGCCGCCGCUCACACCGACGCAGGCGUUGCACCUCCGGAGCGACAACCUCAACGCCGUCUCCGUGCUCUCCCAGCAGUUCGGCGGGCGCAUCGUCGACGUCAGCGAGAACAGUGUCAUCGUAGAGGUGUCUGGCAAAACGAAGCGCGUCGAGGCCUUCCUUGCGCUUCUCAAGCCGUUUGGCGUCCUCGAGGCCGCUCGCACAGGUCUCAUGGUAAUGCCUCGCACGCCCAUCGCGAGGACUCCGGAGGAUAGCGAUGACGCGGAGGAUAUUGGGAGCGUUGACGCCAGUCUUCUCCCGCCGGGUUGA